GCAGCACUGGUCCGGGCUGGGGUAAUUCAGACUAAACCCCCGGGGCCUCCCGGUCCCUGGAAAGGUGGCUUAUUCGGUUUGAUGGUUUGUACGAGGCCGUGUUCCCCCCCCCGCCCUGCCAGAAAGCCUGAAGCACAGAGAUAGUUCUUCAUUUCUUCUUCCACCUGCUGUUGGCUGCCCGAACGCAACUGCUCAAACUCUGCGGCGCACAGCCCCCUGCGCGCUCACGGCUCCCUUCCCGCAGCCGGGGGCUGCCGAGAGUGGAUUUGGGGGUUUCCCCCCGCUCCCGAUAGAUACUUGUACAAAUGCUUAAACAUUGCUAAUUGCCGAAGCGUAUUAUCUUACAACCCUCGCUGGAGGAGGUAGGACCGCAGAGGGUCGUGCCCGACGCCCCUGUGCAAGUGCAGUGAUGAAUCUCUCGUGUAGCUGAAGUGCAGACUGGUUGGAAUAUGCUGCAGACAAUUUACGAGAGUGAAUCGUGUUUUUCCUCAGAUGGGGUUUCUGGACGUGAACAGCUCUUGGCUCAGCAAAGAAUGCACAGUAUGAUCAGCUCAGUGGAUGUAAAGUCGGAGGUUCCCGUGGGAUUAGAGCCUAUCUCACCAUUAGACUUGCGAACUGAUCUCAGGAUGAUGGUUCCCAUGGUGGACCCAAUUAUGCGUGAAAAGCAGCUACAGCAGGAACUACUUCUGAUCCAGCAGCAGCAGCAAAUUCAGAAACAACUGCUGAUUGCAGAGUUUCAGAAGCAGCAUGAAAACCUGACCCGCCAGCAUCAGGCCCAGCUCCAGGAGCACAUAAAGUUACAACAGGAACUCCUAGCCAUUAAACAACAGCAAGAACUCCUUGAAAAAGAGCAGAAACUGGAGCAGCAGAGACAGGAGCAGGAGCUGGAGAGGCAUCGCAGGGAACAGCAGCUUCCUCCCCUCCGAGGCAAAGAAAGAAGCCGAGAAAGGGCAGUGGCCAGUACAGAAGUGAAGCAGAAACUUCAAGAGUUCCUGUUGAGUAAAUCGGCAACAAAAGACUCUCCAGCAAAUGGGAAGAAUCAUUCCAUGAGCCGCCACCCCAAGCUCUGGUACACGGCUGCCCACCAUACCUCACUGGAUCAAAGCUCUCCACCCCUGAGUGGGGCCUCGCCACCGUACAAAUACACUCUACCAGGAGCACAGGAUGCCAAGGAUGAUUUUCCACUUCGUAAAACGGCUUCAGAGCCCAAUUUGAAGGUACGUUCACGGUUAAAACAAAAGGUGACAGAAAGGAGAAGCAGUCCUUUACUCAGGAGGAAGGAUGGAAAUGUUGUCAGUUCAUUCAAGAAGCGACUCUUUGAGAUGACAGAAUCCUCAGCCAGUAGCAGCUCCCCUGUAUCAGGUCCCAGUUCCCCAAGCAAUGGUCAGACCAGCAGUGUAACAGAAAAUGAAACCUCAGUUUUGCCGUCUAACAUUCAAGCUGAGCAUCUGGUUUCACAGCAACGCCUUUUGAUACAGGAUGAAUCAGUGAACUUGUUGAGUCUGUACACAUCCCCUUCUCUGCCCAACAUCACCUUGGGACUUCCAGCAGUACAACCUCAAAUCAGUGCUUCAUCGUCAUUCAAAGAAAAGCAGAAAGGGGAGACCCAGUCGCUCAGACAAGGAGUGGCCUUGGCUGGACAGUAUGGGGGCAACAUUCCUCCGUCCUCAACUCAUCCUCACGUUGCUUUGGAGGGAAAGCCAAACAGCAGCCAUCAAGCUCUCUUGCAGCAUCUGUUACUGAAAGAACAAAUGAGACAGCAAAAACUUCUUGUGACUGGAGCGGUUCCUCUUCAUCCACAGUCUCCUUUAGCAGCGAAGGAGAGAGUCUCACCUGGCAUAAGAGCUGCCCACAAACUGCCUCGUCACAGGCCACUGAAUCGAACCCAGUCAGCUCCUCUUCCUCAGAGUACUUUGGCCCAGCUGGUCAUCCAGCAGCAACACCAACAAUUUUUGGAGAAGCAGAAACAGUACCAGCAGCAGAUCCACAUGAAUAAGAUGCUCUCUAAGUCCAUCGAGCAGCUCAAGCAGCCUGGCAGUCACCUGGAGGAAGCUGAAGAAGAGCUUCACGGAGAUCACUCGAUGCAGGAAGAGCGAGCCCCCGCCAGCGGUGCCAGCGUUAGGGCUGAGAGCAGCAGUGCUGGUGCGGAUGACAGAAUAGGACAGCAGGUGGGGGCUGUGAAAGUCAAAGAGGAGCCACCGGACAGUGAUGAGGAUGUUCAAACCCAGCAAAUGGAAUCUGGGGAGCAGGCUGCUUUUAUGCAACAGGAGUUCCUGGCGCAUCGGCGUGUCCACCAGUUGCAAAUCUACCAGGCUCAGAUGGCUACAGUUGGCAUGGCAGGAUUAGAUAAACAUCGGCCAGUGCCCAGGACCACGUCUUCCCCUGCUGAUUCCACAUUACCUCACCCAGCCGUGGACCAGCCCAGCCAGCAUGUCUACACGACUGGUGUUGUGUAUGACAGCCUGAUGCUGAAGCACCAGUGUAUGUGUGGCAACUACGCUAAUCACCCUGAACACGCGGGAAGGAUCCAAAGCAUCUGGUCAAGGCUGCAAGAAACUGGGUUGCUAAACAAGUGCGAGCGAAUUCGAGGUCGAAAAGCCAGUCUGGAGGAAAUACAGCUGGUUCACUCUGAACAUCAUUCACUGCUGUAUGGCACCAGCCCCCUGAACAGACAGAAGCUGGACCCCAGGAAACUCCUAGGAAACGUGUCUCAAAAACUCUUUUCCUUGUUGCCUUGUGGGGGACUUGGGGUGGACAGUGACACCGUUUGGAACGAGCUGCACUCGGCCGGGGCGGCACGCAUGGCGGUGGGCUGUAAUGGUUUUGCUGUUGUAAGGCCCCCAGGCCAUCAUGCUGAAGAAUCAACAGCCAUGGGGUUCUGCUUUUUUAAUUCGAUUGCAAUUACUGCCAAAUACUUGAGAGACAAGCUAAAUAUAGGCAAGAUAUUGAUUGUAGAUCUGGAUGUUCACCAUGGCAACGGUACACAGCAGGCUUUUUAUGCUGACCCCAGCAUCCUGUAUGUUUCCCUCCAUCGCUAUGAUGAAGGCAACUUCUUCCCUGGCAGUGGAGCCCCAAAUGAGGUUGGAAGUGGCCCUGGUGAAGGGUAUAACAUAAAUAUUGCUUGGACAGGUGGCUUGGAUCCUCCUAUGGGCGAUGUUGAGUAUCUCACAGCAUUCAGGACUGUGAUUAUGCCAGCUGCCAAUGAGUUUGAUCCAGAGAUUGUCCUGGUGUCAGCAGGAUUUGAUGCCGUGGAAGGCCAUGACCCUCCGCUGGGCGGGUACAAAGUCACAGCUAAAUGUUUUGGUCACCUAACCAAGCAAUUGCUGAAGCUAGCGGAUGGCCGUGUGGUGCUGGCACUGGAGGGAGGACAUGACCUUACUGCCAUCUGUGAUGCAUCUGAAGCCUGUAUAAACGCCCUUUUAGGAAAUGAGCUGGAGCCUCUCCCAGAAGAUAUUGUGCACCAAAUCCCCAAUAUGAAUGCAAUAGCUUCUUUAAAAAAGACCACUGAAAUUCAAAGCAAGUACUGGAAGUCAGUGGAGCCAUACUCUGUGCCAGUGGAUUGUGCUCUGGCUGAGUCUCAGAAACAAGAGAGGGAGGAGACAGAAACAGUAUCUGCUAUGGCCUCUCUCUCGGUGGAUGUUGAGCAGUGUAUCCCUCAGGAAGGCGGCAGAGCUGCUGGCGAGCCCAUGGAAGAAGAGCCAGCCUUGUGA